AUGUACAUAGUUGAACACAUCAGAAUAGCUGGGCCCCCCCCGACAACCUCCCCCUUUCUUUCCCAGACUGGCAGAGUCAACCUCCUUCUCUCCAUCCUCUUCCUCUUCUUUCGUUUCAUUUUCUUCCUUCUCCUCUUCUUUUCUUUUCCUCGUCUCUCGCUUCUGGCCAAUUUACUCCGGCCCCCCUUUUUUUGGAAAGAACGAUUCCAGGUACAUCCCCCCCUGCUCCCCAAUUUUUUUUUCUCCUAUCGCGAACAAUUCGACCCCACUGAAGAUUAG